AUGAACAACGAGCAGUUCCGCCGGCUGCUUGCCGACAACAAGACCUCAUCGAAAUCAGACGACAAGCCGGGCACCCCCUCACACAAUGCGCCUGGCGGCGCAACCCCCGGCCCGCUCCUGGGUUCGCGAAUGCGUUCCAGCAUUCCUAUGACUCCGCGCUCCGUAACCGGAGUCAACUUCGCCCGCCAACUCGCCGAGCAGCGACGCGAAAGCGAAGAUCGACCAACGAAGCGAUUCAAGUCAUCCGCCGCGCCGAAAGGAAGCAAGCUACCGGAGGGAUACCAAGAUCGCGCGCAGCUGCGCAAUGCCCAAGCGGAAGCUGAAGAGAAGAAUAAUCUAGAGAAGCGCGUCAAAGCGCUAGAGGAGAUGAAGAAAUUGGGCCAAAUCGACCAGGAGGCGUUUGAUAAGCUCUGCUCAGAGAUAGGGGUGGGUGGUGAUACCAGUAGCACGCACAUGGUCAAGGGAUUGGACUGGAAACUACUAAAGCGAGUGAAAGCUGGCGAAGACAUUACAAAGACAGAGGAGCAGCCCGCCCCUGUACCCACAGAAGACGAGCCCCUCUCCGCAGAAAUGGCGGAGGAGGAGUUCGAGCGCUUGAUGGAGGAAAAGGCGCAGGAAGAGGUUACGGCUGCUCCGAAGGAACAGAGGGAGAAGAAGGGUACAAUGGCACCGCCUCCACCUCCCAAGAUGACUCGCGAUGAGAUUUUGAAGGAGCUUAGAGCCAGUCGAGCUGCCCCGCCUCCGCCACCCGAGUCAAUCCUGGGCUCUGGAUUCAAGAAAUUGGGGGAGAAAAAGCCUGAAAAGAAGCGCUUUGUUGAGGUUGCGGAGAAUGGUCGGCGGCGAGAGGUUCUUAUCAUUACCGACGCACAGGGCAACACGAAGCGCAAGGUGCGGUGGAUCGACAAGCCGGGUGAGAAGACACCGGAAUCUGAACUCCCUGGGCCUCUGAAAGAUUCCAAGACCCUCGGCAUGGAGGUCCCGGCCGAGAUUGCUGCUAAGAUUGCUGCUAAGGCGGCCGCGGAAGAGGAGGAGGAGGACGACAAUAUCUUCGCGGGCGUCGGAACAGACUAUAACCCUCUUGCCGGUAUUGAAGAUGAUGACGACUCCUCGUCCGACGAAGAAGGCGAAACAAAAGAAAAGAAAGAAAAGUAUACUGCCGAGCAAGACAAGAAAGAGGGCAGGGAAGCGGAACAGAAACGCCCUGAUGGCGAAGCACAGCCCGCGAGACCACGCAAUUACUUUGGAACGAGCACUUCGUCCACCGCCGCAGAGCCAGAAGACCGAUCCAACCCAAUUGCGAAAGAUCCCGCAAUCCUCGCAGCCCUCAAGCGAGCCGCCGCGCUCCGACAAGCCUCGCCGUCAGCCGAAGACUCUGGCGAAUCUGGCGAAGCUGCUCUUCGACACAAGAAGUUUUUGGAAGAAGCCCGGCGCCGAGAUGCCAUGGAUGCCGCAGACAUGGACAUGGAAUUCGGCGGAAGUCGGAUUGAAGAUGGCGAUGAGGAGGAUGAUGGACCUCUGCUUGACUUCGAUGAUGAUGGCGAGGGCCAGCAACGGGGUGGAGCGAAAAAGCGGAAGCGUGGACCCAAGAAGAAGAAGGGCGAUAAGAAUAGUGUUUCCGAUGUGAUGAAUGUUCUUGAGGGACGGAAGAAGGAUUAG